CCAAGAUGCACCCUCACCGAUAGAGAAUGUCUGUGCGUGGCCCGAUUAAGCGCUCGCACCUCAGGCAGGUCAGUGCCGCCAGCCUUGACACGCUCUCCACCUCCCGCUCCGCCGAUACUCUUCCUCCCCACGACGCCGGCAGCGACUGCCCACUCACCCCCGACGAGAAGAACCCCCGUCUGUCUUCGACCGGCCUGAACCGCCGCCAAUGUGCUCUCUGGGUUCACGAUGAGACUUUCUCGCGCGAGGAGAUCCUCUUCAACCAGACCGCGUUCAGCGACACGGGCGUCCAGGUCGGCGAUGUGAUCGAGAUCCUCCCCGCACGGCCCGCCGGGGACACGGCGCACCACGCUGGGAAAGCAGACCUGGGGUCCCGGUCGCUGCGGGAGAGCCACUUCGACUCCAGCUCGACGCUCCACGCGGACGCGAUCUCCAAGUUCAAGACCCCGCUGCAGAGCCGGUGCCUUUUUGUCGUCAAGCCCCUCCCCCAGGACAUCAAGUCCCGGAACCCACGACUCGAGUUGUCCGUCACGACGAGCAUUGCCAACACCUUUGGGUUCAAGAACCGCGACACCGUGAACAUCUCGAUCGUCGAUCGUGCGCAGUGCGCCGCGUCGCAUGUGGAUAUCGCCUUCCGCGACCAGUACAUGGUGCGCUCGGAUAUGUGGCGGCUCGUCAUGUCGGAGCUGGCCGACAAGAUCAUUUACAAGGGACAGAAGAUCGUCUUCAUGGGUACCAUCAAGGCGACAGUCAAGAACAUCUUUGUCCGCGGCAAGAAGGUCCUCUCGGGCUUCUUCGCCCCGGAGACGAUCCCCGUCUUCCGCAGCGAAUCUGCCAAAUACGUGCUGUUUAUCCAGAUGUCGCGGGAAAUGUGGGACUUUGAUUCGGAGGGCACGGGGGAUAUUCUAUUCAGUCGGGUGAUCAACGGGUUUCUACCGGAGCUGUUCAAGCGGUGGGCGAACGCGGACGCGAGGCACUUGGUCACCAUCGUGCUGUUCACGCGGGUCGAGUAUGACGUGUCGGCCCUGGGCUCGGCGACGCUCAGCGCCGAGAAUCUGGAGAGCAUGCUGACGCCGAAUCAUGUCCCGACGCGGGACUUCUACCGCGUGGUGGUCAAUGACAUGGCCAGCGGGCAUUGGACGACCAUCCUGGACGAGCUGAAGAAGGACUUCCGGACCUUUCUCCGGGACGUCAGCAUCCUCAAGACGAGUGAGGUCGAUACGCCCACGGCUGAUGGGAAGAAUGGGGGUUGGGAACCCAAGGCGACAAUUGCUGGGCGGCCGAGCACCGCCAUUCGUGGCAACAUCCUCGAGGCCAUCCACCUAGCGUCGGCUCACUUGGCGUACGACCACAUCGAUCGGGAUAUGAUCCACACGGGGACCUCGAUCAUUGUGAUCACCCCCGGGAGCGGGGUCUUUGAGGCCUCGUAUGAGUCCCUGGCGGCCACGACCGAAGCCCUCAUGAACCGCGGCAUCGCCAUCGACCUCGUCUGUCUUAGCCCCAUGCCGCUUCACUCGGUGCCCUUGUUUAAGUACCAUGAACCGGUCCGGAGACCCUCCACCUCAUCGGCCGGCGAUCUCCGGGUUGGCGGCAAUUCCCCCGAAGAGACGCGCUACUCGUUUGCGGGGCUGGCCAAUCGCACCCCCCACUUGUCGCCCCGGUCGACCUUCCAUGGUUCGUCUUUCUCGGGCACGUCGCCCCGGGAGCAGUGGGCCUCGCGGUCUCAGGAGUGGCAUUACGGGAUUCCUCACUGGCUGGAUAUCUCGUAUUGGAACCCUGAGACGUAUCGGGAAUCGCGGCGCAUCCUCAAGAAGGACCCGAAUGCUCCCAUUCCAUACACCGUCACCAAACAGUCCAAGGUCUUCGUGCCGCGGGUGCGCAUGUACGAGAUCCAGAUGAUGGGGGUCAUGGAGAGCGAACAGUCGAAUAUCUCCAUCCCAUAUCUUUACGAAGGCCCGAGUGUCUCGCGGGGGGCAGCGUCACGAUUCGGCCUGGGCUCGUCCAGUCUCGCCCCGCCCCGGGCUUCCUUUCGCCGCAGUUCGCCUUUUCGGCACCCAUUGAGCGACAGUCUCCGGCCCGAGCCGUUCCUCCAGAAUAUGUCCAACCCUAAGGACGCCAUGUCCGCUCGGUCAAAGAAGCCGAGCUCGGUUCUGUCGUGGAUGGACAGCUAUGAUGAGGCGGUGUUCUCCCCCUUCCCCAAGCGCCGGCAACGCCGCCAGCCCGUAAAACAGAAGCGGCCCAGCGAACCGGAAGUGCAUGGAUCGGGUGCGCAUGAGCGACUGUCGGCGAGGUCCGUCCUCCGCCUCCGGGAGCAAGAGACCCUGUCGAACGAGCGCAACCGUUCCACCGGGGACCCAGCCCCUCGGAAUAUCGAGCCCGGCUUGCCGGGCCCCAAGGGUACUGCUCCGUCGCAGGGUACCGCCCCCAAAAAGCCAGCGUUAAAGGCCCCGGCGGCCAAGAGGCCCCCGCGGAUAUCGCGGACCCUCAGUUUUGCUCUGCGCGGGCUGAGUGCGACUCCACCCCGAGCGCAGGCCAGCACCGAGGUCAAUGUAGAGCAUGUUCGCGGUCUUCCAUCAUCCAACAAGAACUCCUCCGGCGUCUCAACGACGGACGCGGCCAGCGCGGACUCCCAAAGCUUCUCAGACUCGGCGUCGGCGUCCACUGUCAUCGACUGGUCCACCACGCCGGUCCCGCCCCAGCGGUCUCGAGAGAACUCGGCAAUUACACCGUCGCGGCCGAUCUCGAUCAAAUUGCCAUCUAAGCAGCCCGCCGACGACGCGGAGCAGGCGGGCCGUCCGGCCAUCGCGGAAUCAUACUCCACCACCAACACCGACGUCCCUGUCGGCGAGGACGCGCCCCAUGGUGGCAAAACGAGGAGGGCCCCCAGAGUCGAAAUCACGGCGAAUGCCGGCUCACGGGAUGGGCAGCCCAGAAGCCCCCAGAGUAAAGCUCUCGCUCCGUGGGUGCGUCCCAUUAACCCGUGCAACACCCCGCGAGAGCUGCUGCGCGACACGAGUUGGUUUGGACGUUGGCAGCAUGCCUACCCCAGGCCGCCCCACGUCGCCGUGGUCAAGUGGAAGAGUCUCAAGUCACCUGCGAUCCUACCGCUCACCACGGAGGAGUUCCCCACGGCGAGCGAGCUGGCCUCGGAAUACCUGCAGACCCCUUACCGUGUCUUCCCGAAUGAUGACGCCGAAGGCAUCGAGGCGCCUCGAUCCCGAGGGAUCCUCCUCCGAGAACUGAUAUCCCUCCGCCUGGCCCACGGGUUCCAGAUCGUAGUUGGGAAGACGGUGGCGGAGGUCGCCGGGCAGCCGUCGCUUGCGUCGUCGAAUGUGUUCGAUCCCCGCAGCUUGGAGAAGGACGACGCCACGGUGUAUCUAUCCAAAGGGAAAUCAAUCCAUCGCCUAGUCUGCAUCAGCAGCACGGAGAUAGAAGUCACGCGGUUUACACAUCAGACGUCGGCCGUGACCGCACGGGAGAAGGCGAGUGGCUACACGACGUACACGGCGGCCAUGCGGACGAUUCUAAGCCCGGAAUACAAACUAAGGAACAUCCGGAUGGAUCUGUGCUUUGAGGAGUAUAACUGGAAUUACGCGGACAACUACGUUGCGGGCCACCGGGACUACCUUUUCCACCCCGCCCAACAGCUGCACUUCUGGCGGAUGCGCUACGUACUGAUCCCCGUCCAGUUACCCGCUCACUCGCGACGCCAGCUGCAGUCGUUCAACGAGGAUACCGAGGAGGAGAUCCAUCUCCUGGGGAUCAGCCAGCUGACGCAGAUUUGGCAACGUCACAAGUAUGUAGGCCCGGAGGAGAAGCGGUUUGAAACCGGCCUCAAGAAGCGGGAGCAGAACCCCCUAAACAUCAUGUAUCAGACGCGCAACCCGUCCGAUGUGGUGGCAGCGGAGCUCGACCGGAUCAUACUGACGGACCCGGGGCUGGACAACUCGCCAGCCCAGCUGCUGCCCGAAUCCGAGCUGUUGGAGCGACCCAGCGUCACCGUGUCGUCGUUGGCGCAGAUCAUCCAAGGCGACAAAGGGGUGCGGAUGAUGGAUCGACGGUGGCACUGGCGGCUGCACUACAACUGCUUCAUUGGGUUCGAACUCACGACGUGGCUGCAGCAGAACUUCCGUGACAUUGACACGCGGGAGGACGCGGUCGAGUUCGGCAACGAGCUGAUGAAGCACGGCCUCUUCCAACACGUGGAGAAGCGACACAACUUCCGAGAUGGUAACUACUUCUACCAGAUCUCUAGCGAGUAUCGGAUCGCGCGGCCUGAGUCCCGGGGUGGCUGGUUCCCCCACAUCCGGCCCGACAAACCAGCCCCGAGCACACCGGCCAGCGACGGCGCGAAGGAGUCCCCGGCGACUCACCCCCGGGCGGACAGCGUGGACCACGGCUCCCAGACGCCGGCCACGCCCUCGCGGACCAAGAACAAGGCGACAAUCCUGCUGUCUAAGACGAUGAAGUACGACGUGGAUCCGCGUAAACGGUCCAACCGGCCGGAGGUCAUCGACCUUCACUACGACCGGCUGCACAACCCGGACAACUGUUUUCACAUCGAGCUAAGCUGGAUGAACACCACGCCGAAGCUGAUCGAGGACGCGGUUCUGGGGUGGGCGUCCACGGCCGAGCGGUUCGGGCUCAAGCUGGUGCAGGUGCCCGUCGCUGAGGGGAGCUCAAUUGACCAGACGCAGCCCUUCCGCAAGCCAUACCGGGUGCCUCUCAAGCUGAAACCGCCCGCGGGACCAGCGCCGCCAACCUGCUUCAACCCAACGGCGUUCUCGCAGCAGCAGGGCGCGUCAGACCAGCACUACUUCCAAAAGGCCAUCCUGCGGAAGUUCGACUUUGUCCUUGACUUCGAGGCGCGAUCGGCCUUUCCUCCCGACGUCGAGGUGUCGUACUCGUGGGGGAUCCCGGACUAUCGAUACUCGCAGUACAUCCACCGGUCAGGGAGCCUACUAAUCCAGAUCAACGAAGACGGAGACUUCCUCGUGCUAGCCAACCGACUAGUGAGCACGCGCAGCGCCGCCAGCCGGGACAUGGCGCGCCACGAGCGGAUGGACCACCGCCCGGAGCCAUACCGAGCGCGCGCAAGCACCUACGACCCCAUCGAACGCGUCUCCCCCCGACUCUCCCCCGUCGUCCGACCCAUCCACGAGAUCCACAGCCCCCUCAGCCCUUCGGAGCACAUCCACCACGCCGAUUCCUCCAACGUCUACCGGGCCCCCGAGCAGGUCCUAACAGCCCUCGUCGAAUUCUGUAACGACGCCACUCGACUUGAGCAGUUCUACCGGGAGUCCCACGUACGGCCCACAUCGACGAAGGUCGAGCCGACGCUGGGAUCCGUCAUGGACGCCUCCAUCCCGUCCCUGGAACUCCCCGCCAGCGUGGUCAGCCAUCAGAUCUCCCCCCCGUCUGCUCUUGCUUCGCGAGGACAGCACAGUUCCUCUCCUGCGCUGUCGUCACUGGAUGCUCGGGUGCGCGGCCGAGCUGAAAGCAUUGGGCCCGGGAGUCCGCGAAUCCGCCCGCAGGCUAGCCCGCUAACUUUACCGGCGAGCCCGCGGAGCGGGGGACUGCGGCCGUUGCGGUUGGGCUAGUGGAGGUUCCUCUACGAUAUUUCCUCUAUACCAUAUUUCACUAGACCUAUA